AGGCUACGAGCGAAACACUGUUGUGUAGGUCUUGGCUUGGCGGCGCUGGAAUGGACCGCCGCCGCAGCACGCGACUCCGUUCCCAAAUCCGCGCAAGUGAGGACGGGGCCGGAGCCGGAGCCGGAGCCGGACUCGACCGCCGCCGCAGCCCGCGCCUCCAUCCCCGAACCCAGGCGAGCGAGGACGGGGCUGGACUGGCCCGCCGCCGCAGCCCGCGCCUCCAUCCCCAAAUCCGCGCGAGCGAGGAGGGCGCCUCCUCCAUGACCAGCCGCCGCGCUUCGCCCGCCUCCCUGCCGGACGACGACGACAUCCUGCGGGAGAUCCUCCUCCGCCUCCCGCCUACGCCGUCCUCGCUCGCCCGCGCCUCCGCGGUCUGCACGCGCUGGCGGGGCCUCCUCGCCGACCCCAAGUUCCACCGCCAGCUCUGCGCGCGCCACCGAAACCCGCCGCUCCUCGGCUCCUUCGUGCCCAACGACGACGACGGCCAGCGCAUCGUGUUCGCGCCCAUGCUCGACCCUCCCGACCGCAUCCCACCUCCGCGGUUCGACCUCGGGCGCUGCGGCCACAACACGGACGUGCUCGGCUGCCGCCACGGCCGCGUCCUCGUCAAAACCCGGGUGUGGGACGCGGACGGUGGCCUUCCCAGCCGCGUCAUCGUCUGCGACCCCAUCACCGGCGACCAGCGCACGGUGGCCUUCCCGCCUGACCUCGGCCGGGUCUCCGUCAACGGGGCGGUGCUCUGCGCCGCCGCCGAGUCCGACCCUGGCCACAUGCAUGGCAGUUGCCACUCCAGCCCCUUCAAGCUGGUCCUGGUCACCAUGUACAGAAGGCACCCGAACCGACUCCUCGCCUGCGUAUACUCCUCCAACACCGGCCUAUGGGGCGAUCUCAUCUCAUCGGAGUCUCCAUCCGACAUCCAUGGUAAACCCGCCGUCCUCAUUGGCAAUCGUCUCUACUGGCUGUCCGUGAUCAACGGCAGCAUACUCGAGUUCGAUCUGGACGAGAACAGAAUAGCUGUGAUGAUGGGGCCUCCUGUUACCCAUGACGAACGCUGCAUAAACCAUCAGAUCAUCAAGGCUGAGAAUGGCGCCGUUGGCUACGCCAUGCUGGUUUAUCCUUCUCUCAUAAUGUGGAAGAGAGACGUCGAUGCUCAUGGCGUUACCACGUGGGUGCCGUGGAAGAUCAUUGGAAUGGAUACCACUCCUGGACACCCUCCUCGGACCGAAAGAAGGGACAGAAUUCAGGGUUAUGAUGAGGAUACUGAUGUAGUGCUUUUACAUGUGAAUGGCACCGUCUACAUGCUUGACCUUAAGUCGUUGCAAUCUACUAUGCUUUCUGGACCCUUGAUUCAUAUCGGCGCCUAUCAUCCUCUCAGGUGUUUCUAUACGCCAGUCAUUCGCGAAGGUCAUGAAGUGUACGAUCCAUAGGAUGAAUGUCUGGUUUGAUGUGCUAAUGUGCUGAAAUGGUUCUUAAGUCAUUCGCGAAGGUCAUGAAGUGUACGAUCCAUAGGAUGAAUGUCUGGUUUGAUGUACUAAUGUGCUGACAUGGUUCUUAAGGUAAGAAGACCUUCUGAAUAUAGUUUGUGAGAUUUCGUAUGUUUGAUUCUUUUCUGUUUUGGGGGAAACUAUCUGGCCGCCAGCUAGGGGCAUGCACCCUCAAACUGCUUUCAUCGGACAAUGGGGAUUCACACAUGUGAAUGACACAGACAAACAAGUAAAAUGACGGUGAUCCACAUAUUAUCAAAAUGUGUUACAUGGUGUUGAUGUUGGAAUAACCUCACUCCUAGGCCAUGCCCAGAGUUCUCCCUUAGUUUGGCUGUUUCAUAAUCGAUAGGUGAAAGAAAUAUCUCAGUACCCUGUUUUUUACUACAAACAGCAGUCACAUCAUCGAUAUAUAGAUUUAUUCUGUUGUCAAUUAAGUAACUUGGUUGGCAUGUUUGGAACCUCAAUGCUAGUUGUAUUAUUUUAUCCAUUACAUGUAUAGGCUCUAAUCUUGCUAUUACCUUCUGAAACAAUUGUUUUCUUUGCCACUUGAUAAAGAUCCAGAAUACUAUUUGCUUUUCUAGUCUUGAAUUAGGCUCCAUGUAUUUUAAAACCGAAUGCCCAAGGUGUUUUGUUGCUAGAGUUUAUUAGCUUGGUCAUGUUUUAAUUUUGUGUGCCUGGCAUGAAGAGGGAUAGUUUAUAUAAGAAAGUUCUAGAGUCCCUUAUUUCUUAUCAGCUAAAUUCAUCAUUAUGAGCUAGCUAACUGUAUUACUUUCAGGAAUAUGGAUUGCAUUUUAAUGUAGUUUUGUUAUCUAUUUCUAGUAUCAAAGGUGAACUAUAAAUCAUCUAUAAUUAUAAUUAUGAGUUAAAAAAGUGAGUUGUUUGUCUCAAGUUUUAUUUGUCAGCUUAUUUGUGUAACUGACUCAAUGUUGCUUCUCGUAUCUAUUUGUCUUUUCCUCAAAACUGUGAAUUGCCUGAUGACUUGUG